CAGAAAUUCCAUCCGGCUAUCCAUUCCAGUCUCUUCCAGACUCCUUCAGAAGACACUAUCCAUACCUUCUCCAGCCAACGGCUGCAUCUGAGGCAGAUGAGUUGGGCUCCAGUGUCCCUCUGCCCACCAGGAGUCCCGAGCGCUUGACACUUUCUCCAGAGGUGAAGCCCAUUCAUCUUUCCCCAUCCAAGAUGGUCAAACCCAUCCAGACGGCGGAGGAAGAAGAAUCCUUAGAAGAACGGGUGAAAACGGAGAUGGAGAUGGACAAUAGCCAGGAGGAAGGUAUCUGCGAACACGAUAUGGAGGCCCUGGAGAUGGCCACCUCGGUUGCCCUCCCUGUGGAGGACGCCAAUGAUUGUGAUCUUCAGUUGCACCACGGCGAAGCCCUCCGGAGUUCAGACCAUGAGGAAGUUCUUGAGGAUUGCCAAGCUGCCUAUCCGGGGAUGUCCUGCUCAGUGGAAAUGGAAGCCCAAGCAGAAGAGACCAACGACAGUGAAACAUGCCCCAUUCAUGACUACGGUGGGAGUGUGUUACAGAGAGAUGCUGAACAGCCUGAGAUGGGGUUGGUUCCUCAGCCUGAGAAGUCACCAUUGGCUGUAGAAAUGCCCCAUAUCAGAUCUCCCCCAAACAGAGAAUUUCCCAGCAUGCUUCAGGAAGAGGAGGAACCCAUGCUAGAAGCCCCCGUCUACAGGAAUGAGAUAUAUACCUGCCCAAUCCCAUCUCUGGACAUCAACAUGGAUGACCCCUUGGCUGGUAUGAAUGCAUUAGCAGCAGCUGCUGAAUUACCCCAAGCGUGCUCCUUGCUCAUGAACAGCGAUGGUGUCCCUCAGGAGGCAGUGGUGAACUUGGAGGUAUCUUCCAGCCUGUCCCCAGAACACACUUUUCUGCACGGAAUUACCCUCUUGAGCGAAAUUGCGGAACUGGAGUUGGAGAAACGGCGGCAGGAAACCGAAGGCUGACUCUGCCUACUGCUCGGAGUUCGAUCCUGACCUG